CUCCUUUUAUAGGGUGAAAUUCCCAUUCAAAAUUGUCAUCCACCGAUGUGGGACUUUUGACAAUUUCAACAGGGUCAAAAUAGAACAAGUCAAUAAAUGGGCGGAUCAUUGAUCAGCCUAAAAGUUUCUUGGACUGAGAUGGACUAGGUCAAGAAAAGCUAAAAUUUGACAUUAUUAAUUUCUUGAAGUUGCGUACACAACUUCAAUAUUCUCUAGGAUUUUCCAUUUUCUUGAAAAGUUAACUGGCCUUAAAUUUAGGGUUAAUUUCAUGCGCUGAACUUAACCCGUUGUAUUAGUAAAGUCAUAAUAAAGUGAAAGAUCACUAUUUUUAUUGAUGAUUUUUUCUUAGCUGACCUAAUAAUUACAUUUAGUUAUUUAAUGUCAAUGACUAUAUGUCACACUUUUUAAUGGAUAUUUGAAGCUAUCUUAUUAUACAGCAUUGGAAUGUGGUCUUCCUUUCCUAAAUCCCUACAAGGAUCAGAAUGGAAAUUUCACACAUGGUGCAAAUUUCGCAGUAGCAGGAGCUACUGUUUUGCCAGGUGAAAUCAUGGCUGAGAAGAAGAUUUCUAAUUCAGUAACCAAUAGUUCAUUAAAUGUGCAACUUGAUUGGAUGUCUUCUCAUUUCAAAUCCACUUGCUCUACUGAAUGCUCAGAAGACCUAAAGAAGGCACUUUUCCUGGUUGGAGAAAUAGGAGGAAAUGAGUUUAAUUAUAGUUUAUUGCAAGGUAAAGCAAUGGAGGAACUUAGAGCUAUGGUCCCUGAAGUUGUUCAGACCAUUGUCAAUGCUGUUAAAACUAUCAUUGGGUUUGGAGCUGUCCGAAUUGUCAUUCCUGGAAAUUUCCCAAUUGGUUGUAUACCAAAUUUGCUAACAACGUUUUUGACCAAUAAUUCAACUGCGUACGAUGAUAAUCAUUGCUUGAAAGAUCUAAAUGACUUGGCAAUUCUCUACAAUCAUCAUUUGCAAAAAGCCAUUCAAGAGCUGAAGAAAGGACAUCCAAAUAUUACAUUGGUUUAUGGUGACUACUACAAUGCCUAUCUCUGGCUUCUACAAAAUGCCGCAAAUCUUGGUUUUGACAAAAACUCUCUACUGAAGGCUUGUUGUGGAAUAGGAGAAACAUAUAAUUACGACAAAAGUAGAAUAUGUGGAGCUCCAGGACUGCAAAUUUGUACCGACCCUAGUACUUACAUCAGUUGGGACGGAAUUCAUUUGACACAACAAGCCUACAAAUGGUUGGCAAGAUGGCUAAUCGAUAACAUGCUACCAAAAUUGAAAUGCCAAGCUUAAUUUAGGCUUCCUUUUCUUUUUCUUCGCAAAGUUCAUCAAUAGAUCUAUUAAAAAUUUAAAAAUAGGCCUCUCAUUUCUUUCUCAUUUGUAUAUAGAGCAAUGCGGAGCGAAGCCAUUGUCAUAAAUUAGAAUGUAUUCAAUCCAUUUAGUAG